AGAGGCCAUCAAUUCUAAACGAGAUUAAGCUUUGAGAGCUGCCCAAAUUUGUGACAAAAGGAAUCCAGCCGAUCUUUACUUUAUUGCCAACUAAAGGCAUCAAGUGGAUAUAUGUUGAAUCUGGAACGAAGCAUAUCAUUUUCAGGAUAUUGUUACGAUAAGCCCGGAAUUUUCGUUUGGAUAGAGGAUGGGGACCAGCCAGAAAGGGCUUGUCCCUCCACAUAAAUCCUUGCAUAUCGAUGCCAGCAUAAUUAAGUAAGCUCUCAUAUGCAACAAGUAAACUUCUUCUUCUUCUUCUAAAGGCUUAAAACCAGCUACCCGAUUUCAUAUACUUCGGAUCGAUCUUUAAGAGCUGAUUGCAGAUAUAGCUGCUUAUAUUCCGAACAUGAAGCCUCUAGCUUCAAUAGCGGACAAUUUAUAUACUCUUUUCAUCUCUGAACGAGUAUAUAAAUAAACUUAUUUGUCGUUUCCCGCAUAUAAGGUCGGCGGUGACUGUUCCCGACGAUCGGAGUGGGUAUAUAGAGGGCGUGAUGAGGCAGCUUAAUGUUAGUCCGCUUCCAACAUGAGGGCAGUUGUUACGUUCUUGACCAUCGUGGGCUGCGUGCAGGUCACAUUAAACGAAGAUGUUUUCGAGGUGGAGUGGAAUAACUUUAAAGUCGAUUACAAAAAAAUUUAUCAGCAUAUCAGCGAGGACCAAUUGCGCAAGCAGAUCUUUAAGCACAACAAGGAGAUUAUUGACAGGCACAAUGAACGAUAUGCGGCAGGCGAGGAGACGUUUGAGAUGGGCGUCAAUCAAUUCACCGAUCUUCUGUCCCACGAAUUCGAAACAUUAAUCCUAGGCGGACUUAACGCAACUGUCGAUGAAACCGAAAUAGAUCUAAUAUACUCACCAACUGGCAAUGUCGAAAUUCCGUCUACGGUUGAUUGGCGUGAGAAAGGCGCUGUUACCAGAGUAAAGGACCAGGGAUACUGUGGCUCCUGCUGGGCCUUUGCCGCAGUUGGCACGCUGGAGGGGCAGCACUAUCGCAAAACUGGAGAGUUAGUCGAACUCUCUGAAAAGAAUCUGCUGGAUUGUACGAGUGGCGAACCCUAUUACAACCACGGCUGCCAUGGUGGACGGACCACAACCGCGCUGUACUAUGUCGAAAGGAAUCAUGGCAUAGAUACGGCUAGCUCGUAUCCCUAUAAGGAUAAGAAGGGCCAUUGUCGAUUUGAUAGGCGUUAUAUAGGCGCAACAGUCAGCAGCAUUGUACGAAUAAGACCGCAUUGUGAAAGUGCUCUGGCAGAAGCCGUCGCCACAGAGGGACCCAUUGCGGUGUCCAUCGAGGCAACACAUCUACAUCAUUACAGAGGAGGAGUAUUACGCAAAUCCUGCCACAAAAGAUCCAAUCAUGCAGUCGUGGUUGUCGGCUACGGCCACGACACCCACGGCGGGGAUUACUGGUUGGUCAAGAACUCCUGGGGUAAUCUAUAUGGUGAAGACGGAUAUGUUCGCAUGGCGCGUAAUCAGAACAACAUGUGCUUCAUUGCCAGCAAUGCCGUUUAUCCAUUGGCUUGACCUGUAAGGAAAGGCGUAUAUAAAAAUUACAAUUUUCUUAAUAUAUAUAACUAUGUAACAAUAGCUGGGUUACGAGUUUCAUAUUCAGGAUGGGGCACUGAGUAACAAUAAAAAUAAGUAUUUAUCAAUGGAGUUGGAUUUCUUGCCUUUGUUAUUUAAAUAGCUUUAACCACAUUCUUAUAUAUUUAUCCUAAAUUUAAAAUGAUCCAUAAUUGUUAAACCUCCAUUUAUCAGGAAAAGUUGGCUUUG